AUGGGUCGCAAAGACCCUCAAAAUUUGGUCUCCAAAAUUUCCUCCGCCUCUUCGCCUGCGGUGGGCGCCGGUGUCAAUACCCAAAAAUCCUCAGUAUUGAGAUCUGCGUUUGCUCCGUCACAACUGCAAUUACAUCUCUUCGCCUCAGUCAUCCAGAGUUUCGACGGUCACCAAUUGCGCAUUCAUGAUACUACUACCGGACGUUUGCGCAGCCAGCACGAGACCAGAGCUGGAUCAAAAAUAUCUUGCCUUGAUUGGGGCUACUAUGGUGCUGCGUACCGGGAACGACAACAAUCAGCUUCAAAAAAGAAGCGCAAGCGAGACCAGGAGAAUAAUGAUGGCGUAGUCGUCGCCUACGGAACCAAUACCUCACAGAUUUGCAUGUUCUCGCCUGCGGAAGGCCGAAUUGUAGGUACCUUGAAUGGAGGCCAUGAAAGAGGUGUCAAAGACUUCAAAUUCUCUUGCGCGGACUAUCUGCACGGCUGGAGUAUCGGUGAAGAAGCAAAGCUGUUACAAUGGGAUCUGACCAAGGACCAACCCAUAAGGACAAUCAACCUCCCAGACCCUGCUAUCAGUAUCCUCGCCUCGCCCUCUCAAGAGCUCCCUCAGAUCCUGUGUGCCUCUUCCACGCCCUUUGCAAUCGAAAUCACCUCAUCGGAUGAUUUUCGGAUAGGUCGCUUCGAUUCUUUCAAAAACCCGAUUCACUCUUUAUGUCGAUCGGGUUCAGAGGUGUCAGGGGCCUCUGAAUACUUCCUGGCCGCAGACCCGGAGAGAUAUAUCAACGUCUAUGACAUAUCCCAAAAGAAACUAGUGCGCACCUUGGUCGCAGGAAGUGGUGUCGUUUCUCUCGAUCUCGCGACUCCCACAGAUGAAACAGCAGAGUUCCUCCGACAACAAGUUCUCAGCGUCGUGACAAGAGAAGGGAGCGUAGAGCUAUUUCCCAAGCCUUUUACAGAUAUUCAGCAAAUUAACGGUGAUUUGAAAUCCAGCAGGAAGAACCUCACAAGGAAAGCCUCGGCCUCGAUUCGACUGGUCAGACCGGAGUCAAAAGCUAAAUAUGUCCCCAUAUUUGCAGCAUUCCUCCAAGGAUCCCACGUCGUCGUCGUCUCCGCCGAUGGCGGCGUGGAUCUAACCUUUCAGAAAGUCAGAUGGCAAGACGAAGGAAACGGGGAACUGCUAUUUGACGGCGUAAAAGAGGUGGUGAAAGCGAGGAGCUCAUCUACCCUCAAUACAGCCACCCUCAACGGAGUUAAGGAUCUGGGAAAGACACAUGUGGAUGAGUCGAGGACUGUCGUCGUCAAUGGUGGAGCCGGAGGUGCGCCUCUAGCCAAUGCUAUCGAAAUCUCUGACAGCGACAACGAUGAGGAGGUUGACGAAGAUGAAGGGGACGAAUCUGCAGACGAAACAGCGAACAGGACGAAGGGCGAAGGUGCAAAAGAAGACGAUGAAGAAGCUUCAGAUGAGAACUCGGACGAAGAAAUGGCAGACGCUGAAAAAGCUGAAGACGCCGCCGCCAUGGGCGAAGCAGCGGCCGACUUUGAAGGAGAAAGAGGAGAACCUUCAUUCGGCGAACUCCUAGCAUCCAAGCACCCCCACGAGAUAUCCAUCGCAUCAGCCCUCCCUCAACGCGACAUCUCCACCCUUACACUCAAACCCAACCAGACAACAAUCCCGUCCGGCAUGUCUCUCUCCACGGUGCUCACCCAAGCACUCCGCACGAAUGACACCACUCUUCUCGAAGCUUGCCUACAUACUUUUGACAUGGCCAUUGUCAAAUCUACUAUCCAACGUCUUGACUCCACCCUCGCUGGCCUUCUCCUAUCAAAACUCGCCGAACGCCUUGCGUCUCGCCCGGGGCGGUACGGACAUCUCAUAACAUGGGUACAGUGGACGUGUAUCUGUCACGGCGGAGCAAUUGCAAGCCAGCCGGGUGUUGCAAGAAAAGUAAGGACGUUGUAUGAGGUGUUGAACGCGAGAAUGAGGACGUUGGAUGAUUUGUUACUGCUGAAGGGAAAGUUGGAUAUGUUGGAUGCACAGUUAGAUUAUCGAAAACAGCUGCUCGCUCAGAGACCACAGGGCAGCAGGAAAGGAAGGGAUGAACCCGGGAUCAUCUACAUUGAAGGGCAGGAUAAUUGGGAUAGCGACGAUGAAGAUUUGGAUGAGGAAAUCGCCAGGCCUAGCAAGAAGCCGAGGACGAAGCAACAGAGGGAUCUGGGUGAGCUCAUCGGCAACGACGAAGAAGACGAGGAUGAUGAAGAUCUCAUGCCUCUCCCAAACGGCGCUGAUGAUGUGUCGUCCGACAAUGACGAGGAUGAGGAUGAUGAACCAACGCUUAACGGCAUAGGGAAAGCUCAUGCGCGGGGCCUCGUUGAUGAUGAAGCCGAAGUCUCCAUCGCCGAAGAAUCAGACCCGGAUGAUGGAGGUCCCUCUCCAGCAGGUUCAGAUACUUCAUCCGUCGCAUCUUCCGACAAUGAAGAUGCCAGUAGCAGCUUGGGCGAAGAGAGCGAUGACGGCGAAGAAGAGGAGGACGACUCGGAAAUGGACAGCUUCAUCAACGACGGGUCCGUAGACUUUGAAGAGGAAGUUGGUGACGAGGUGCGUGUACCUGGUGACUCUAGUGACGACGACGAGGAGCCCGGAAACGAAGAUCAAGAUGAGGAGCCCGGAAACGAAGAUCAAGAUGAGGAGCCUGAGACUGAACCUGCGCCGAAAAAAACUCCCGUCGCCAAAAAGAGGAAAGGAAAGGAUAAAGACAAAGAUCGGGUGAAGGCUAGGGGAAGACUCCCGCUCGUUAAGGACGAGGACCAAGACGAUGAGUCCGACGACGACGAUAUGCACAUCGAUUAG